CUUAUGAGUAGAAUGUGCCGUCCGCCCAUAUAACAAUAGCAUUAUAGGUGGUCUAAGGACACGCAAGAGAAUGACCAUGCAAGAGUGGAAGGGCGCAGGGAGCUGAAGGUAAUCGAGUGGCUGCGAUCGAGUCCUGGGGAAGUCUGUCACGGAGUCACCGUGAAAAGCACUAACAGCCACAAAAUGCCGAAUAAAACUAAAAAGGAAAAGGAACCAACCAAAUCUGCGAAAAGCAGUACAAAGAAUAAUAAUGCCACCAGUGGGAAAGACACAGGAACUGAUAAUGCAGAUGAGGCGCAGCAGCAAACUGCCAGCAAACGUCCCAGCAACAGCACCCCGCCACCUACUCAGCUUAACAAAAUCAAGUACUCCGGCGGUCCCCAGAUCGUCAAGAAAGAGCGCCGCCAGAGUUCGUCGAGAUUCAAUCUCGCCAAGAACCGUGAGCUGCAGAAGCUUCCUGCGCUCAAAGAUGCGCCCCUUGUUGACCGGGAGGAGCUGUUCGUCCAAAAGCUGCGUCAGUGCUGUGUGCUGUUUGACUUUGUCACCGACCCCCUGAGUGACCUGAAGUACAAGGAAGUGAAGCGCGCUGGUCUCAAUGAGAUGGUGGAGUACAUCACGCAUAACCGCGACGUAGUCACCGAGUCCAUCUACCCCGAGGGUGUUAUGAUGUUUUCGAUCAACCUGUUCAGAACACUACCACCUUCCUCCAACCCCACCGGGGCUGAGUUUGACCCGGAGGAAGACGAGCCCACAUUGGAGGCCGCGUGGCCGCACCUACAGCUGGUAUACGAAUUCUUUUUACGAUUUCUGGAGUCCCCUGAUUUCCAGCCUAAUAUCGCAAAGAAAUACAUCGACCAAAAGUUUGUACUGUCUCUCCUAGAGUUGUUUGACAGUGAAGACCCCAGGGAACGGGACUUCCUGAAGACCAUCCUGCACAGGAUUUAUGGCAAGUUCCUGGGCCUCCGGGCCUACAUCCGCAGACAGAUCAACAACAUAUUCUUCAGGUUUAUAUAUGAAACAGAGCAUCACAAUGGAAUUGCCGAGCUCUUAGAAAUCUUAGGAAGCAUAAUCAACGGCUUUGCCUUGCCACUAAAAGAAGAGCACAAAAUGUUCCUGAUCCGAGUACUGCUGCCGCUCCACAAAGUGAAGUCACUCAGUGUCUACCACCCCCAGUUGGCGUAUUGUGUCGUGCAGUUCUUGGAAAAGGACAGCAGUCUAACUGAACCGGUGAUAAUGGGACUGUUGAAGUUCUGGCCUAAGACCCACAGCCCCAAGGAGGUGAUGUUCCUCAACGAGCUGGAGGAGAUCCUUGACGUCAUCGAGCCAUCUGAGUUCGUCAAGGUCAUGGAGCCUCUGUUCAGACAGCUGGCCAAGUGUGUGUCCAGCCCACAUUUCCAGGUGGCCGAGAGGGCGUUGUACUACUGGAACAAUGAGUACAUUAUGAGCCUGAUCAGUGACAAUGCAGUCAAGAUCCUCCCCAUCAUGUUCCCUGCCCUCUACAAGAACUCCAAAAGCCACUGGAACAAGACAAUCCAUGGGCUGAUCUACAACGCCCUGAAGCUGUUCAUGGAGAUGAACCAGAAGUUGUUUGAUGACUGUACACAGCAGUAUAAGGCAGAGAAGCAGAAGGAGAAGUAUAAGCUGAAGGAACGCGAGGAGGUCUGGCACAAAAUCGAGGAGCUGGCCAAGCAUAACCCUCAGAUUACAAACCUCCGACCGGGUCUCCACCCACAAGAAGAGUACAUGAUGUACAAUGAGAGUCCAGGAGGGGUGCCCUUGUAUUCCAUGGAGACGGAGACGCCCACAGCCGAGGACAUUCAGCUGCUAAAGAAGACUGUCGAAGCGGAGGCUACACAGGGGAUGAAGGACAUCAAGAAAGACAAGGUGUUGAUGCGGCGGAAGUCGGAGCUGCCACAGGAUGUGUACACUAUAAAAGCCCUGGAGCAGCACAAGAGAGCGGAAGAGUACCUGACGGCCAACGAGGAGGCCCUCUGACCAGGGAGCGGCGGCACGCUCGGCUCCCGACCCCUCCCCACUUCUCAUCCAAACAAUCGCCUGCCGUAACCUUGAUCAUCCCCUCUUCUACAUGUCCCCCUUGACCCCUCCAUCUCUGCCGGAGAGCCCUGUCUACCGAAAACCAGGACCAUCACGCAUACUCUCCUAUACGCACACAGGAACGUAGAAAUAUAGAAACACACUCACACACCUGUUGUCUUUCCAUUUUGCACAAAACUACUCACACAGACUUGACCACAGUGGGCCGCCGGUCAUUAGGCAGCACAAGGACAAUAACGACAUGACAGUAUUAAGUGUAAGCGUCAACCGUCGGUGAAGCAUGUUUCUUUGUUUUGUUUCAGUGUCCUUUUGGACCGGUUCUGGUUGUCCUCAUGUCCCUUCAUCCCACUGAGAUCUGCUGCGCCAAAAGGCCAGAUAGCACGCUGACUCGGCCGGGUAAAGCCCAAGUAAAACAAGACUAUUUUGGUUUACCGACAGAGAGCGCUAGUGUGACCGGUCCUCCUGCUAGCUUGGAGGGGUCGUGGGUACGGCGGAUAGACGUGCUUUUGUCUUGCUGGAAGUCCAGUUGAAGUAGUAGUUCUGCUCUUCAAAAACAGCCAUCUGUCAGGUCAGGCCCAUAGAACGUAGAAACGGCUAGCUGCUUAGAAACAGCAUGCCCAUAGAGCGUAGUGCAUUUCGGAAAUACCAAGUCUUGGACAAAACUCUGGCAGGGCAAUGACAACAAGAACACUACAAAUCGAGAUUGCUGCCUUUAUCUGAAUUUAAUGAUUUGCUGGAUGUCAGUCUCCUCCAUUAAAUGUUUUUUUUUUUUUGCUGGUUUCAUGCUGUAGUUUUAUCUACAUAAUGCCACCUCUUUGCGUCCUUUAAGUCAUCGCCUUACAGCAUCUUUUGAACAACAUCCUCCCUGUUGGUUAGUAAUGUGCUAAUAGCAGGAUUGUGACCUUAGAUUAUUGGCGGACGUCAGAAUCAAUGAAAACAAUCACUUAGUUUUAGACUUAGCUGCUCACACUGUGUACAAGUUGGUUUUACUCCAUUUUUAAGAUCUGUGUUUUGUAGUUUACAAAACUGAUACAACUUAGUUUUUCCCCCCUUGAUGGCCGGUCCAUUAAAGUACUUAAGAUACAAAACAAGGAUAUAUUAGCUAUUGUCCAAAUGUCCUUACAAGAGAAUGAAUUGUGAACAAAUGUCUGAACAUGUAAUAGAGCAUCUGUUAGGAAAAUAAUUCAUUCUGUCAAAAAGGCUGCAUGUACACAGGCUAAUUUUGAUAUUUUUCCACUUGUCUUCUGACCAAUCAUAUCAGCUCUUGCCAAUUAUAUCUGAUGUGAUUGGUUAAAAGACCAAUGUGUGGAAGAUCUCAGGCUUGAAUUGUCUAUACUCUUUUUUGGAGUAUUAAGGUUUUUUUCCCUAAUUGCUUAUACCUCAAAAGUAUAUAGAAUUACUAUUAUUCCCCACAAACUUUGCUUUUGUGACCAGGACAGUGAUAUUUGGAAAUGUACCUAUUUUCCAGCAUAUUCAAGAUAGACAGGGCUUCCUGGGCAAUCACAAGGCCAAAAACUAAGUGGGCUGUAGGAUGUCCCUCAAAGUCCAUAUCCUUGAUGCUCAUCUUCAUAAAUUCAAGAAGAACAUGGUAGCGUACUCAGAGGAGCAAGGCGAGCACCUCCACAAGGAUAUACUGGAUUUUGAAUGCCGCUGCCAAGGACAGUAUAACGAGAACAUGAUGGGAGACUACAUUUGGGGGCUGAUUCGUAAAAGUGAUUUACAGUAUAAUCGUAAAUCUCGAAAAACUAUUCCUAAAUCUUUUGUAGUAAUUUUUGUAUGACUUUAGUUUAAAUACAUGUUAAUUUGAAUUCAUAUGUUAUUAUUUUCUGACUAUGUGAACAAAAAGACCCCAAUUUGCCUAUUUUCUCAUUGGAAAUAUGUGAUUUUCAAAAAAUCACUGUCCUGGUCACAAAAGCACGUUUGUGGGGAAUAAUAGCCAUUUUCUAUACUUUUUAGGCAUAAGCAAUUACAAAAUAACACUUACUACCCAGGAACAAAAAUGGUGUUACAUAAUGUUAUCCUAAAGAUGUUGGUUAUUAGGAAAGACAGACAUAACCUGAUUCACUAUCCGUCCAUUCUUUUUUGCUUGUUAAAGAUUGUAUUCUCACUCUCCUGUCUACACUCUGGAAGUCAUGUUGGUUGGACAAGUUAUCCAUUCCUUCCUUACUCAUGGUUGUGUUCAUUAGUGUUUCUGCCCCUGUGGCUAACAUCAACUUUGCGUCUACAGUUAUAACUCUGUAGCAUCUUCUGGCCUUUCUUUCUUACCUGUUAGACUUGCUGAUGAAAUUGCUCCUCUGCAAAGGUGGCAACAUUGCAGAAAGGAAAGGGUUAUUUCACUGUAAGUGUAGGGAAUCUCUACAAAAUAUCGUAUUCCCUUUUCUUGUCUGGCUUUAAGUAGGUCUCUGUACUAGAUUGUGCUCUACAGUUUCUUUCAACCGCCUAAGCAAUAUUUUUAACAAUUAAGAAACAAAUGCACUUAAAGUGUAUGGAAGUGCGCAAAACAAUCCUCCGUUUAGGACUAUCUACAGAUGAAAAAAGAGACUUGCUUCAUUCAGGCCCAUUAUAUAAGAUAAAGGAAAGCCUGUGGUUACUGUUGCAAAUAUUUGUGUACUGUAUGAUAUUGUACUGUAUAUUGCUUAGGGUUUCACCCCCUUGUCUUGUAGGUUUAUCAGACUAAUCACUUCAAACAUCUCUGAGAACGCCUCCUUUGGUUUUAUUUCCCCACUUGCUUCACAAAGUCAUAAUUUCUUUGUCGUAUGGUCUCGUCUACUGAGCUUUCAAUCACUCGAACAGCAGGGAUUAACUCACUUCUCCUAGGCUGCUGGGCAAAAUGACUGGUCAUCUCAUCCAUGCUGGUUAAAUGGGUGUCAGCCAUAGGGUCUUUCUAUGAACACCAUGUUACAGUUAAGCUGUUUGGAGCUGCUUACAGGUGUGUUCUAGAGUAUUGGCACCCUUGCACUUUCUUCAGAUGACUCAUACUGUUGCUAAAAAAAGUUGAAAUUGAUCAAAGUUGUUGAUCAACAUUGUUAUAGUUGUUGACCACAAUAUUUCAUGUCACUGUUAAUAUAUAACUGUAGGUUUUGAUUCAAACCCUAAUUCCCCUUUAAAUAUGAAAACAGAUGGCAUUCACAAAAUUGACACCCUAGACUCAAUAUUUUAUAGGACAGCCUUUGGCCAAAAUAAGUGGUUCCUAUAACUAUGGAUGUGUUUCCUGCACCUCUGUACUGGCAGUGUGUACCCCUUGUCUUGUGCAUAUUUGAAGGGUGCCUCCCAACUGCUGUUUUCAGAUCUUUCCACAGGUUUUCAAUAGACUUUAGAUUGAGACUCAUUGCUGGCCAUUUCGGAAAAGUCCAGCAUUUUCUCUCAAACCAUUCCUGGCUGCUUUUGAAAGUUUGACAUGGUGUUGCUGAAACACCCUUGACAUUUGACGGAGACCCAGCUUUCUGACACUGGGUUUGACAGUGCGUUCAGAAGUUCCUUGGUAUUCUCCUGAUGCCAGGCACAUGUUCCAGGCACCUAGAGCAAGAGGCAGCAAAGAAACUCCAAAACAUAAUUGAACCUCCAUGUCUGACUGUAGGGAAGGUGUUUUUUAAAAGCUUAAUUUCGUUUUCUGUAAACAUAAAGAGAGGGUGUGCUUUACCAAAAAGCUUGAAUUUGGUCUCAUCUGUCCACAGAUGGUCCCAGAAGGGUCAUGUUCAGGUGGGUUUUGUUAAACUACAUUCAAGCUUUUUCAUGUUUUUCUCUCAUUAGCGGGUCUGCUAUCAUACAACUGUGUUUUACCAAGUCAAUGAAGGAAAGUGAGAGUUGAAAAUAUUCUUUCUUGUGUCGUAAGGUCAGCGUGGCUCUGUGAGGCAGUUGAUCAAGGUGUUUUCUUAACAUCCUUUGCUGUGAUCGCGUCCAGGGAUGUUAGCUACAGUGGCUUGGGCCUUAUACUUCUUGGUAACAGGAACAUCAAGUUCUCUGCAGAUUGUCUGUGCUUGGCUACAAUCUAGUGCUGACCUCCUCAGACAAUUCUCUGUUUUUUUUACUCCAUGCUCAUUGUGAUACAAGGUGACAUAAAGCAUGAGAAUAAGUUAUUUUCUCUAUUCAAAUUAGUUGAAGUGAUUUUCCUAUUUCAGGCACUUGCAACUCACCACAGGUGCGUUUAAUUCCAAAUUCCCCAAGAGGAGAAUCAUCUGUUUGAAAUCAAAUGGUUUCCAAGUACUUCUAGCGGUGCCAAUAAUAUUGUCUGGGCCGUUAUAGGAUUUAUUUCUGGAAUAAGAAAAGGUUGAAUAAAUUAUCAAUUUCUGGGGGUUGGGUUCCACUGUAAACCAAAGCAAUACAAAUGUGGAUACUAAAAGAGUCAAGAAUUUCAACAGUUUUCUAGAAGAAAUGGUAUAUUAUUGGAGUAAAGUGCAAGGGGGUCAAUACUUUUGACCACAAUUGUAUAUAAUCAGAGUUGGAACCCUAACUGUAAAUCUGUUUAUCCCGUAAACAUAGAAAUACUUAUCUUAUGCAAGUACUGUGCUCAGUAAUCAUAGUAGCGAUUAUCUCUACAUUGGCCCUCAAUGGAAUCAAAAUCUCAUCCGCUGAGAUUGGAUUGGGCAUGUCUCAUCCUCUUGGGGUAUUCACAUGUUGCCCUAUGAGGUCUAAAACCUUAGUUUUAUUUUCAACCUGAGUUUGCACACACCUCGUGUCCCAGGUCUAAGUCAGUCCCUGAUUAGAGGGUAACAACAAACAAAGCAUUGAAACUGGCGAUGCGAUUCAGUGAAGUCUGAAUACGUUACAAUGAAUAAGUCAUAAGAAUGAAUGUAAUACUAUUCUCUCACUUGACUAAAACAAAUGCAUUCCAAAAGGUAACGGUUAAGACGUUCCAGACUCCGCCAGAGGGAGUGUCAUACCGGGUCACUACACACCAUGUUUGUGGAGUGAUGACAUGGUUCUGUCCUGAGGUUUGUCCAGCAGCCACACACACACCAACUGAAGAGGACAUUUUGAAACAAAGGCUCUCCAGUCCCCCCCACCCACCCCUCCCUCCCUCCUCUGCCCCUGCCCAGUUCUGACAAUAAUCUUAAGCUGCUUUCCAGGUCAUAAUGUACAUAUGUUGUACUUUAAUUAGGUAGAGCAUUACAUAGUAUUAAAGUCAUAUUUUGUACAGAUGUUCAUGUAUGUACAGAACAAAAUAAAGUCAAAAAUAAAGUGGA